AUGGUUUCUGCUAUGACUACCGAAAGCAUAGGGACAAUGGCCAUCUCUUAUGGCGAGACGGGAGUCAAAGGACUCUUACGGCAGCCCUAUAUCUUGUGUAUGGCGGUAUUUGCUAGCAUCGGCGGCAUGCUCUUUGGUUACGAUCAAGGAGUUAUCAGCGGUGUCUUGGUGAUGAACAACUUUGGAAAACAAUUCCCCCUUCUAGCUUCGAAUUCAACACUCCAAGGAUGGAUGGUGGCAGUCUUGACCUUGGGAGCUAUGGUUGGUGCAUUGGCAAAUGGGCCUAUCGCCGACCGUAUCUCGAGGCGUUGGUCUAUUCUGCUCGCCAAUUGUAUUUUCCUCGUCGGCUCUGUCAUUCAAGCUGCCGCAAAAGACAUCGCCAUGAUAUUCGUCGGUCGUUAUAUCGCCGGUAUCGCCAUUGGUGGGCUAUCUAUGGUCAUUCCACUCUACAUCAGUGAGCUGGCACCUUCAAACGUGCGAGGCAGCUUGGUCUCAUUGCAGCAACUAAGUAUAACAUUCGGUAUUAUGGUUGCUUUUUGGAUCGACUACGGUACACAGCACAUUGGGGGAACGGGAGAUGGUCAGUCCCCAAUUGCCUGGAGGCUUCCACUUGCCUUGCAGUGUAUUCCGUCUUUGGUUCUUGCAGUCGGUACAUUCUUUUUGCCAUACAGCCCACGCUGGCUGCUUUUGAAAGAUCGGGAAGAGGAGGCGGAGGCAACAUUGCUUCGUAUCCGGCGCGUUCCAGAUACAGACCCACGCAUCAGACUCGAGCUGCUCGAAAUCACGGCAGCUGUGCAAUUUGAUCGUGAGACAACCUCGGCCCUUUAUCCACAAGCAACCACGCCCCUGCAGGUCACAUUGGAACGAUACAAAUCCCUGGUAACAGUCCGGCAUCUCAAUCGUCGCUUGAUAAUUGCCUGUUUGAUGCAAUUUAUUCAACAGUUCACGGGCAUCAACGCGAUAAUUUACUACGCACCCACGAUUUUCAAAAACAUCGGCAUGACCGGCGAGUCAGUUGACCUACUAGCAACUGGAGUGGUAGGAAUUAUAGACUUUGUUUUCACAAUUCCAGCUAUACUAUUCAUGGACAAAUGGGGUCGCAAGAAAGUUCUCAUCGUGGGAGGCAUUGGCAUGUCUAUUUCUCAGCUUCUCGUUGCUACAAUAUACGCUGUGUAUGAUGGCUCCUGGGGCAGUCACCCAGCCGCAGGAUGGGCGUGUGCUGCAUUUGUGUGGGCCUACAUUGCCAAUUUUGCUUUUAGCAUUGGCUGUGUUAACUGGAUUAUUCCUUCCGAGAUCUUUCCUCCUGGUGUUCGUUCCCAGGCCGUGGGACUGGCAAUCGGUACCAACUGGCUUAGCAACUUUAUUGUGGCUUUGAUCUACCCGAGAAUGCUGGCUGCAAUCAAAUUUGGGACUUUCUACUUCUUUCAGGCAUUCUGCUUUUUCCUAAUUGGCUGGGUAUACUUCUUUGUGCCCGAGACAAGAGGUGUUGGCAUUGAACAGAUGGAUAAGCUCUUUGGAGGCAACCAAGGAGAGGCGGAUUUGGUUCGAAUGGCAAACAUUCGACAGCGGCUUGGAAUUGCGAACGAAGUGUCUGAUAUUAAAGACCUUGAUGGAGCUAGUGUCUCACAGAUUGAGCAUGCCUAG